ACGUGUCCCCCUACCCUACCCCACCCAAACUUCAUGGUUAUACACAACACCAGAAAACAAUACGCACAAGACACUUUCCAUGGUCACUCUCACUAUACACCAUAACACGCACACAGAUCUGAAUUGGAAAAAAGGGGAAAAAACUCCCAUUUUCUUUUUGGGGUUUCUUCUGCACGAUACACACCCACAUAGUACACGCACAAAGCCGAGACACCAUUUAUUUUCUUUGUUUUAUCUUUUUCACGACACAUAUAAACAGCUAUACGUAUACAGACGCACAGACAUAUAGAAUCGAUAGAGAGAGAGAUUUAAAGUCGAGAGAGAGUUAAAAACUAGAAUGAAGAUGGUUUGAGAGACCCGGUCUUUUUUUUAGACUUUCGGCGAAAUUUCGCGCCGACGACUGGUUACUGUUCGCUGGCCGGUUACUGCUCGCCGUCUGGUUACUGUUUGUGCGUCUGGCUACUGAUCCAGCGAUUGCUUCGUCGGAAUCUCUUUAUUUUCCUCUGAUUUCUGGACAUCUUAGCCGAAAAAUGUUAGAAUCACCGGAAUCAGCGGUUAUUCGGCGAGAUUUGGUUGAAUUUGGAAAGAUCCCGGAUACGGUUUUCUCAGUUUUUCAUAACUUCAGUCGCGGGUUACUGGCUAUUUCUUCUUUCUUGGAAUUUAAAUCUGUCCGGAUCAUUAUUUCUUGAUAUCGAGUUGGGGUUCGGUUUAUUGUCGAGGUAUUCUAUUCACAAUUCCAACUUCGGAUUUUCUUAAACACUAUUAUCAACGAAAUCGAUUCUUCAAAGAUUAAGAAGUGAUAGUUUUACUUUGUAUAAGUGAUGCGGGACGACAUAUGCAUUGUCAGAAAACUUCUAAGAUUUGCACCACACAUGUGCUCGUACAGUGACAAUGAUAUUUGUGGAAGCAUACGCCCAAUUUUAAACAAGGAACCGUUUAAAAACUUUUGCGGCAAUAACAUUUUUGGUUAUUUUAUGAAGAAGAAACAAUGUGUAGUGCAAGCACAGUUGUGCAGAUGCAUUAUGAUGCUUGAGGUGAAAGAUAGUGGAAGAUAUAAGAAUUUGCCAUGGGGUUCUUUAUCUUUUGAAGAUCUGGCGAGAAGUUUGAACAACCGGUUGAAAGCUGGUGGUAAAUUUUAUCUGAUUUAGGGAAUGCCGCUGGCAAUUCAAGUGUGACUUUAUAAGUGUUGUUCAAAUGUUCCACUAAAGAUUGCAUCAAAGGUUGAUAAUCGAAUUCCCCAAUUAUUAAAUUGGAAGAUGAUUGCACCUCGUCCAAGUUUUGAAUUUUUGAUGAAUGCUAUGUUCAAGGACAAUGGGAAGGUUGCAUUUAAGAACAUAGAGCCAACUCAAAUGGAAUUGGCAAAGCUUGAAAUAUCACAGAAGAUGAAUGUUCAGUUGAUUCUGAUGAUGACUUCCAGGAUUCACCACCAAAAAAAAUCAACGAACAUUCGAAGAAGAAACAAAAGGUUGAUUCAUCAACCCCAGUAGUGAAGAAACCUUCAUGGAAAAAGCAAGUCAGUAUUGUUGACGAGAAUACCAAAACGAGGACACCAGCUCCUUGUGCUGCAAAGGCUGCUGGAAUGAAGACACCAGUUUUCAAGCCAAUUCCAACACGACAGGUUGCUUCUUCAAAAAUGAAGAAAGGAAAGCAAACAGCUAGGGCUAUUUUUCCUCAGGUACAGUCAAAGCCAGAUAGUCAUGUAGAGAAAGAAGCCGUGUCAAAACCUGAAAGUCGUGUUGAGAAAGAAGCCUUUAUUUUUAAGAAAGUUUUUUAUGCAUUCCGCGACGAGGUUCGUCAAGAGUUUAAAGGAAUUCAUCAAUUAGUGAAGAAAAAGUUCAAAAAAAUGCUCAAAGCAAUUGAACAAAGCAAGCAACAACAUGAAGAUACAAAUCUUGAAGCCCAACAGAUGGAUUAUGCUGGUGUCGAAACAUCAUCACAACAAUUUAGUCCUACUAUUGAUCAGAAUUUGGGUGAAAAUCAGGAUGCUACAAAAAUGAGUUGUUACCAAGUCUUAAUGCAUACCAGAGAGAAAGCAUCACGACACAUCCAUCGGCAACCCGUGAAAAAGAAUCCAGCGAUGAACAUUUCAAUGAUAAGAAGUCUGAGUCUGUUAUUCAAGAUCAUUGUCAGGAAAACAAAGAGAAAGUUGGAUCAAGAUCUAAAUCAGACAUGCACGGCGAGGUUGAUCUUGAUACAGAGGAGCAAAUUAUGACAACUCCUAAAAUACAAGAAUUAACCAUAGAUAAACAAAAGGAUGAACCAGUUUGGCAUGAUUUACAAAACACAAUCCCUGAUGAGCUGCUUCCUCGUUUGAAUGUCUACAGUAGUAAAAACAUCAUUGUUCAUCCCUCUCGUGAACUUUAAACCCCCGUUCAAAAAUUAUGGAUUAGGCGACCAUCCAAAUUCAAGGAGUCACCUUAUACGAUGAAAUUUGGUUCAGCUGCCCAGAUCAUCAGGGCACAUACGUAUAUUCCCUCAGAAAUAUUCAUUUGUUUAUCACUCGAUUGAUGGGAUAGUGGAUACGAAGAUUGUCAACAAGUUCAUGAAUUGAAUUUCUGAAGACCUUCUCAAAGUUCAUGCUAAAAGGAAGGGAAAUGUGGAUCAUUACAAAAGGGGAAAAUCAACCAUGUCUAUGAUGCAUUUCAGAGUUGAGACUGUUGAAGAUAAAAACUGAUUCUACACAAUGGGGUUCCCUGAUCAGUCAUGGAUAGACUCAGUUAGUAUAUUAUUUUGACAAUAUUUCCUUUACAGUUGUAGCACUACUUAAAAUACAUAUUAUGUUACUUGUAAAUACAUAUGCAGGUGCACAUAUGUAUUUUUACUAUGUUUUUUUUAUAUUAUUUUGACAAUAUUUCCUUUAUAGUUGUAGCACUACUUAAAAUACAUAUCAUGUUACUUGUAAAUACAUAUGCAUGUGCACAUAUGUAUUUUUACUAUAUUUUUUAUAUUAUUUUGACAAUGUUUUCUUUACAGUUAUAGCACUACUUAAAAUACAUAUUAUGUUACUUGUAAAUGCA